AACAACCAGGCCACGUACCUCGCCGCCAUCGCCGACGUCGAAGACGCCCCCGAUAACGUCGACUUCGACACCUCUGGCGACGACCUCUUCGGGGAUAUCGACAAAGCCAUCGCGCUCAAGCGUAAGGAGUUCGUCUCCCAAGGCCUUCUCGAGCCGAAUCCCCCCAAACAGGACCAGCUGGCCGCUGCAGCCGCCGUGGAUGAACUUCAGGCGGAUGAGCUCGGCGAUUUGGAGGAAAUUGAACGGCUCCAGGGACUCACCGGUAAUGGUAAUGGUAACGGAAGCUUGAGUGAAUCUCCGUUUGAAUUGGAUUUUGACAGUUACGGGAAAAGCAAGGUUAGAAUUGUAGACGGAAAGUUCAAGAUGAGUUUGGCGGAGCUUUUAGAUGAGAGUAAGGUCGUGCCGGUGUCGGUUUCCGGUGAUUUAGAAGUCGAAAUCACCGGAAUUCAGCACGAUUCGCGGAUUGUUAAUUCCGGUGAUUUGUUUGUGUGUUGCGUUGGGCGUAAAACCGAAGGACAUUUGUUUCUUUCCGAGGCUGAUAAGAGAGGUGCGGUUGCGGUUGUGGCUAGUAAAGAGGUUGAUAUUGAGGAUACUUUGGGGUGUAAGGCUUUAGUUAUUGUGGAAGAUACUAAUGCUGUUCUUCCUGCUCUGGCUGCGUCGUUUUAUAAACAUCCUUCCACUAAAAUGGCCGUGAUUGGGAUAACUGGGACUUAUGGAAAAACGACCGCCACUUGUUUGAUUAAAAGUUUGUAUGAAUCCAUGGGACUACGCACUGGGAUGUUGAACUCGGUUGCCUCUUUUGUCCACGGGGAUAAUAAGUUGGAGUUAGGUAGCGCGGCGUUGGAUGCUGUUUUGGUUCAGAAUUUGAUGGCGAAGAUGAUUCACAACGGGACUGAGGCGGUGGUCAUGGAGGCAGGUUCUCAUGGCCUGGAGGAAGGAAAGUAUGAUGAGGUUGAUUUUGAUAUCGCUGUUUUCACAAACUUGAGUCAGGACAAGGAGGGCGACAGAAAUGCGCAGGCUAAGUUGUUCUCGAGAAUGGUGGAUCCUGAGAGGCAUAGGAAGGUUGUUAACAUUGAUGAUCUGAACGCGCCCUUUUUUGUGUCGCAGGGGAGCCAGGAGGUUCCUGUUGUGACGUUUGCGAUGGAGAAUAAGGAUGCUGAUGUGCAUCCAUUGAAGUUUGAACUUUCUCUGUUUGAGACUCAGGUGUUGGUUAAUACUCCCACAGGGAUACUGGAGAUUUCUUCAGGUUUGCUUGGGAAGCAUAAUAUUUACAACAUUCUUGCAGCUGUAGCGGUUGGGAUUGCUGUUGGGGCGCCCUUAGAGGACAUUGUUAGAGGAAUUGAAGAGGUCGAUGCGGUUCCUGGGAGGUGUGAAUUGAUUGAUGAGGAACAGGCGUUUGGGGUGAUAGUGGACCAUGCCAGUACUCCUGAUUCAUUGUCUAGAUUGCUUGAUUCUGUAAGAGAGCUAGGACCUCGCAGGAUCAUAACGGUCAUUGGAUGCCGUGGUGAGGGUGACAGGGGUAAGAGACCUGCGAUGACCAAGAUAGCAACAGAUAAAAGUGAAGUGACCAUGCUCACAUCUGACAAUCCCAAAAAUGAAGACCCUUUGGAUAUAUUGGAUGAUAUGCUAUCUGGGGUAGGAUGGUCAAUGCAAGACUACCUCAAAUAUGGAGAAAAUGACUAUUAUCCACCUCUUCCAAAUGGUCAUAGACUUUUUCUCCAUGACAUUAGGAGGGUAGCUGUGCGAGCCGCGGUUGCAAUGGGAGAGGAGGGCGAUGUGGUUGUGGUUACUGGCAAAGGCCAUGAAGCAUAUCAAAUAGAAGGUGAUAAGAAGGAGUUUUUUGACGAUCGAGAAGAGUGCCGAGAGGCAUUGCAAUAUGUUGAUGAGCUUCACCAAGCUGGAAUAGAUACAAGUGAAUUUCCAUGGAGGUUACCAGAGAGCCAUUGAUAAUGGGUUGUUUUCUGGCUGCAAUUCUAGCAAGUUUGCAGAAAAGGGCAAAAAGCUGGAAAGCACAAGCCCGAAAUAAAUAGCCUUCAAAUUCCAGCCAAAAAAUUGCACGGUGCGCUUAGUACAGUUAGUUUAUUCAACUGUUUAAUUUUGUUUAUACAAAUGUAGUCAUAGUCUCUUUUUCCCUUUUCCACUGUAAUUCUACGUCUUCUACCUAAAUUAUCAAGAGUAAUGCAUUAGCUAGCUUCCUCUUUCUUAUCUUUUUA